ACAAAAUUUAAUUUUAAAAAAAUAUAUAUUUCAAAAUUCAAUAUAAAUUAAGGGAAAAUAGAAUCAUAUUUACUUUGGCGGUAUAAAUUUAUUCGUUUACAAUGGCAUGCAACGAAGGAAAAAUUUUUAAAACUCAAGCACCCGAAUGCAACAAAUUGGACUGUUGGUGCCUUCCAGAACCAUAUGCUGAUAAAAAGGUCACCGUGAAAAACAAGAAAUACUGUUGGCUAUACCAACAACGUGCAAAGGAUUUAAACAAAAUGUUACCAAAUUUUGAACAUUGCGAGACCCUUUAUACAAUUUGCGAUUAUAGACUGGAAAAUUAUGUAUUUAAACAAUUACUCUUGAUUGAAGAACAAAUUCGCAAUUAUAAAAAUAAACUAGACAAGGAAAUCGAUUUCCAACGCAAAAUGUUGGAUGAUAUGUGGAAGCUAUCUCAACGGUUUUUAUUAUUAACACAAUAUUACGGCUGCGUAAAGCCAUAUCCUGACAUUGUCUCCAUACCGGCGGAAAAAGUCGCCCAAUGCAAAUUUCAGAAAAAGCGGAAGACAAUUCAAUAUUCUAAUUGUCGGCUGGCCUUUAUAUUGGACACACUUCGAACUUCCAUAAGAAAAUUAAAUAACGUAUGCUCUCAAAUGGAUAUGUCAGUUCAAAGUCCAAUUAUUUUAGGGGAUUAUAAAAUACGUCCAUUAUCAUACUACCGCAACUUAAUCGACGAUGCGUUCGAGUACUUCAAUAAAGUACUAUGCAAUUUGAAGAGUUGGACCCAAUUGCUUGACAUAGGCGAUCCAAAUGCUAUAGAGGACUACAGGUGCUUACUGGAUCCAAAUAAAAAGUUUGAUGAAUUUAUGAAAACUGGAAAGAUUAACUGUACCUGCAUGCGCACUAAAAAUCCUGAAUGUAUUAAUAAUUUUGUUAACAAAUGCAAGUGAUGCAGGGCACAAGAAUAUUUAAAAAACACUGAAUAAAUCUAAAGUAGGCUUUAAUGAAACUUCAUAAAAAACGUGAACAGAUUUUCACUUUGGCUGCAAACUACUGUGUAAUAAUUUUAUCAAUAAAAUAUUUAAACAUAUCUGGCAACGCUCAUAA